AUGGCAGCCAAAUUAUCAGUUGACAGGAUCAAUGAAGACCUACUGACAUGUCCAGUUUGUUUCGAGCGGUAUAAACAACCCAAACUGUUACCAUGCCAACAUUCGUUCUGUGAGCAGUGUCUGGUGGAAUGGACAGACAAACAUGGCAGACUGGAGUGUCCCAACUGUAGACAAUGUCAUAAUACUGUGAGUAAUAUUCAACAACUCCCACCAAGUAUGGUAAUAAACGCUGUCAUAUCCAUUGUUGAAGAACAAGAAAGAAAGCAAAGUCAUGGAACAUGCCAUGGUUGUCAAGAAAACCCAACUACACAUAGGUGCAUAGACUGUGCUUUGGAUUUGUGUACAACGUGUACCAAAGUCCAUAAUAAAAUGCCGGUGAGUCAGCAUCAUCGUAGUGUCAGUGUUGUUGAGUUCCAACAAGCAAAAUCGAUAACAUUGCCUACACUCCACUGUACUGCUCAUGGAGAGAAGCCCUUUGAACUUUAUUGUGAAUCAUGCCAAGUGGCGAUAUGUAUGUUAUGUUUGAGGUCAGAGCACAAAGGUCAUGAAGUCGUUGACCUACAUGGAGCUGCAGAUCAAUUCUCUAAGGUGACAACAAAUCACCUCAAACUCUUGAAAGCGAAACAUAGGGAAAUCCAACAAAGCAGAACAAGUGCAGCAAAGCUAUCUAAAGAAUUAGAAAAUCAGCUGAAGCUACGAGAACAACAUGUAAAGAAACAUACUCAGGAAACCAUUGAGAAAUUGAUUAAAAUAUUAAAACAGGAAGAGAGAAGUCACCUGAGAAAAAUAAAUUUGGAGUAUAAUGGAAUAAAAGAAGCGAUCAACAGAGAGAUACAGCAGUACAACAUAAAUGAAGAACUAUUGUUGAGUACAGUAGCAUUCGUAGACAAUUUAUUACAAUAUAGCAGCUCUGCACAGCUGAUGAACACAAGCAAAGAAACAAUGAAUCGGCUGGAGAUUCUGAUGUCACUUAAUACAACUUUGGAGGAAAAGGUUGCUGAUAACUCACUUCCGCUAUUUUAUCCCAGUAAUAUCAUACUGCAAGGAUCGUUGGGAACUCUUACUGUUAAAUCAACUGUUUGUAGACCAGCUGGUUCGUCUGGUUUAAACCAGGACUGCAUCAUAACAGAACAACCGUGUGAAGAGGUUAUGUGCAAAAACGAUGAUGCUUUCCCAAAAGAUCAGAAGCCAAAUGACGUAGCAAAGGUACAAGACCAGCAUAUUGUUGAAAGACCAAUUUAUUGUAACAGUCAUACAACUGCAACACAGACAGGUACAUGUGGUGUACACCCACCAAUGACUUUAACUAAAUUACUUGGGGGACCAGGUAAUGAACCUGGGAUGUUUGAUUACCCAUUUGGAGUACAGGUUACUACUCAAAACAAAAUUGUAGUUGCGGACUACAGGAACAACAGAGUCCAAAUUAUCAAUCAGUUCGGUAAACCAGAGUUCAGCUUUCCAGUAAAGUCUCAGUCCUACUUGUCAUUUGGUAGUCUCCGCAGAGCUGAGCAAAAAAUCAGUCCCAUGGACGUAGCAGUGUCAUUGGACGAUAGAUAUUUCUUCACACAUGGAAUAGGUGAAAAGCGAGUGAUCGUAUGUAACAAAUUCGGUCGUGAAAUACAAGGUUUACAGAAUAAAGUGUUAAACCACCCAUGUGGUAUUGCUAUCAAUCAUAAUACUGGUAUUGUACAUGUGGUUGACAGAGGUUCAAAAUGCAUAAGACUAUACGAUGUUCAAGGGUGUGAUUACAUCACAUCAAUAGGCCAAUUUGAAGACCCACGUUUCAUAGCCAUUAAUAACAAAGGUAACUUGAUUGUAUCAGAUUUUGAUUGUAUUCACACUCUUACACCUGAGGGUGCCCCCAUGUUCACAUUCAGGGGUUGUCCAGAUGACCAGUUCCAAUACCCAUUCGGGGUGGCCACUGAUAAGAACGAUAAUAUCUACGUAUGUGACACAAGCGGACAUAGAGUCCAGAUGUUCUCAAGUGAAGGUGAUUUCAUAAGGAAUGUAUCGAGUGGUAGAGAUGCUUUGUCCUUCCCUAUCGGUGUAGCAACUACAACUCAUGAUGAGGUGGUUGUCACUGAUAGCACAAAUUUUGUUAAAGUAUUUUCGCCAAAUACUGAAUGGUGUAAAAAGUACAAAUUAUGCAACACAGGUCGAAGAGCAUAA